CCUCAACCCGGUGGUAUCGUCCGACGCUCAAGGAGAGAGAGAGCGCAGUUGUCGGCUGCAGGUCGCUCGGAGAGACGCACACAGCGGCUGAGGACACAGCACUAGAACCCGUCUCUAUUCGGUCUCUACUGCUCAGAGUGCGAGUCUGAUUCUCUCCUCGUCUCUGCCUGGCAUUGUCACCAACUUGGGGAAUACAAACAUCGUUAAAGAAUCAGUUUGAAAAGGACAGACGGCCCUCUCAGCCCCCCUCCCCACGCCCCAGUGAUGCUUAGCUGCUGUAUCCCAGAGGCCCACCUUGGCAGUUAGAGGAGAGGUCAUCACCAUGACAGCGUCCUCGCAGGACUCCACCCCCUCGUCUAUGGCCGGCCUCUUCCUGAUCCUUCUCCUCCUCUUCCCAACCGUCUACACGCAGAACUCUGCCGCCCCGACGACCCCGUCGUUUUUUGACCCACUGACCAAACCCGAGUGCACGAAGAAAGAACAUCCAAAGGUUUCCAUCCAAGCACUCAGCCCGUGGAUUUCUACUUUCUCCCACCCCGGCGUGAGAGACUACUCCCAGCUCACCCUUGACCUGACUAGGAAUGAGCUUAUUGUGGGUGCCAGAAACUACCUGUUCAGGCUGGACCUCAGUAACAUGUCGCUGAUACAGGCGACAGAAUGGGCACCGGACGAGGAAACCAGGAGGUCCUGUCAGAGCAAAGGCAAAACAGAGAUUGAAUGUCAGAACUACAUCAGAGUCCUGCUGGUGAACAAGACUGAGGUCAUGACCUGUGGAACCAACGCUUUCCAGCCUCUGUGUAUCACCAGAGAGGUGGGCAACAUGAGCAGCGUGCUGGAGCGGGUGAACGGGGUGGCACGCUGCCCCUAUGACCCUCGCCACAACUCCACGGCGGUGGUGACGGAGAGCGGAGAGCUGUACGCCGCCACCGUCAUCGAUUUCUCUGGACGUGACCCCGUCAUAUACCGCAGCCUGGGCGGCAUGCCACCUCUCCGGACUGCGCAGUACAACUCCAAAUGGCUCAAUGAGCCCCACUUCAUCUCGGCCUACGACAUCGGCCUCUUCACCUUCUUCUUCCUGAGGGAGAACGCGGUGGAGCACGACUGCGGGAAGACGGUCUAUUCACGCGUGGCGCGAGUCUGCAAGAACGAUAUCGGAGGGCGUUUUCUCCUGGAGGACACCUGGACCACGUUCAUGAAGGCGAGGCUCAACUGCUCCCGCUCAGGGGAAAUCCCCUUCUACUACAACGAGCUGCAGAGCACCUUCUACCUGCCGGAGCAGGACCUCAUCUACGGCAUCUUCACCACCAAUGUCAACAGUAUUGCAGCAUCUGCAGUGUGUGCCUUCAACCUGAGCGCCAUCACUCAGGCCUUCAACGGGCCCUUUCGCUCCCAGGAGAACCCUCGCUCCACCUGGCUCCCCACAACCAACCCCAUCCACAACUUCCAGUGUGGCACCAUAGACGACGAGGGUCCCAACGAUGGUCUGACUGAGCGCAGCCUGCAGGACGCCCAGCGGCUCUACCUGAUGAACGACGUGGUCCAGCCGGAGUCUGUGGAUCCGCUGGUCAUGCAGGAUGACGUUCGCUUCUCCAACCUGGUCGUGGACAUUGUUCAGGGCAUGGACACCCUCUACCAUGUUAUGUACAUCAGCACAGAAUAUGGCACCAUCUUAAAGGCACUGGCGACGCCCAAUAAGAACCUACAGGGCUGUUACUUGGAGGAGAUGGAGCUUCUUCCAUCGGGGGUGCGAGAACCAAUCCUGAGCCUGCAGAUCCUGCACAGCGACAGGUCGCUCUUCGUGGGGCUCAACAACCGAGUCCUGAAGAUCCCGCUGGAGAGGUGCUCCACCUACAAAACAGAGAUGCUGUGCUUGGAGGCGAGGGACCCCUACUGUGGCUGGGACUUCAGGCAGCGCAGAUGCACCACGCUGGAGGACAGCUCCAACAUGAGUCAGUGGAAGCAGAACAUCACCGUCUGUCCGCUGCGCAACCAAACCACCAACGGUGGCUUUGGGCCCUGGGCGCCAUGGCAACCGUGCAACAAUGACGACGGGGUCGAUGGUGUGAGCUCCUGUUUGUGUCGCGCCAGGUCAUGUGACAGCCCGGCCCCUCGAUGCGGAGGCAAAAACUGUGAUGGCCCCACCAUUGAAGUCUCCAACUGCUCGAGAAAUGGAGGCUGGACGCCUUGGUCGUCAUGGGGACAGUGCAGCACAACCUGUGGUACGGGCUUCGAGCUGCGCCAGCGUUCCUGUAACAACCCGUCACCGCGACAUGGCGGCCGUGUGUGUGUGGGGCCAAGCAGGGAUGAGAGGUUCUGUAAUGAAGGGGUGUCCUGUCCUCAGCCCAUCUUCUGGUCCCCGUGGGGCUCCUGGACCAAGUGCAGCACUGAGUGCGGGGGAGGCGUCCACUCCAGGGUCCGCACCUGUGAGAAUGGCAACAGCUGCCCAGGAUGCGCACUGGAGUACAAGGCCUGUAACUUGGAGGCGUGUCCGGAGGUAAAGAGGAACACACCUUGGACGCCCUGGAUGCCCGUCAAUGUGACCCAGGGCGGAGCGCGUCAGGAGCAGAGGAUGCGCUACAUGUGCCGGGCUCACCUGUCCGAUCCCCACGAGCUGCAGAUCGGACGCAGGAAGGUGGAGACGCGCUUCUGUCCCAACGAUGGUACAGCAGCCUGCGAGACGGACACCCUCGUCGAGGAGCUCCUGAAGACACCGGUGGUGAGAGUGGCGGGCGCCGGCUGGUCAUCGUGGGAGACCUGGUCGAGCUGCUCACAGAGUUGUGCCAAAGGCUACCGCACCCGCAGGCGAACCUGCAGCGGGCCAGAGGGGAAGAGCGCCCCCGUCGCAUGCCGCGGGUCACCUGUGGAGUACCAGGACUGUAACGUCCAGGCAUGUCCCGUAAAAGGUGCAUGGUCCUGCUGGUCGUCCUGGUCUCAGUGCUCAGUGGGAUGUGGCGGCGGUCACUAUCAGCGCACACGCUCCUGUAACAGCCCUGCGCCCGCCAACGGAGGCGACAUCUGCAUAGGACUGCACACCGAAGAGGCCCUCUGCAACACACACACCUGCGACGGUGGUUGGAUGGCCUGGUCACUGUGGUCAGCCUGUGAUGAUUCAGGAUUGCAGAUGAGGAGUCGGGUGUGUGGCACUCAGGGCAGCACCCCCUGUGUGGGCAACAGCACUCAGCGCAGAGACUGCAAUGAAAUACCUGUCAUUCUCCCUGCAUCUGGCUUUGAUAAGGACCAACACUGCGGAGCAUUCACCUCCAUCCACCUCAUCGCCACCGGUGUUUCCUGUUUCCUGGGGGCGGGGCUUCUGUCCUUCCUGGUCUACGUCUACUGUCAGCGUUUCCACAAGCCUUCGCAGGAGUCGGCCGUCAUUCACCCCACCACCCCGAACCACCUCAACUACAAGGGCAACACCACGCCAAAGAACGAGAAGUACACGCCGAUGGAGUUCAAGACGCUUAACAAGAACAACCUGCUUCCAGAUGAACGAUCCAACUUCUACCCGACGCCGCUGCAGCAAACAAACGUCUACACCACCACCUACUAUCCCACGGCGCUCGGCAAAUACGACUACCAGCCCAACUCCUCCCCCUUCGCCGUGCCGGACCUACAACCAAAACAACAACAGCUGAGACAAGCCCCGCGACCGGCUCUCCGAACCCCGCUGCCGACGGACGCCGCCCCGAUGCCAUGGUGACAUAACUGAACCGACAUGAACUGAAGCGUUUCUCAGAGCUCGGCCAGGUUCCUCUGCUCAUCGCCGCCCCCGUAGUCUCUUCCGCAUGGUAGGGUUUGUGUCUUCUAGGGCGUUUCUGGAACUUUCCAUGAGGAGAUGUGGGUUUGGACGGCGAGGCCCGAGUCCUGGUGCAGUCAGGGAGUUAC